AUGGGAUGGGGAGACAGCGGGACAGGGAGACAGUGGGACAGGGAGACAGCAGGACAGGCAGAGAAGGGACAGGGUGACAGGGGGACAGGGAGACAGCGGGACGGGGAGACAGCAGCAUGGGGAGACAGCGGGACGGGGAGACAGAGGGACCAGGAAUUGCGGGACCAGGAGACAGCAGGACCAGGGAGACAGCGGGACGCGGAGACAGCGGGACGGGGAGACAGCGGGACAGGGAGACAGUGGGACGGGGAGACAGCGGGACAGGGAGACUGUGGGACAGGGAGACAGCAGGACAGGCAGACAAGGGACAGGGGGACAGCGGGACAGGGAGACAGCGGUAUGGGGAGACAGCAGCACGGGGAGCCAGCGGGACGGGGAGAAAGCGGGACCAGGAACAGCAGGACUGGUAGACGGCGGGACCGGGGAGACAGCGGGACGGGGAGACAGCGGGACGGGGAGACAGCAAGACGGGGAGACAGUUGGACGGGGAGACAGCGGGACAGGGAGAUAGCGGGACAUGGAGACAUAAGGACAGGGAGCCAGCAGGACAGAGAGACAGCAGGACAGGGAGACAGCAGGACAGGGAACCAGCAGGACAGGAAGACAGCAGGACAGGGAGACAGCAGGACAGGGAGACAGCAGGAAGGGGAGACAGCAGGACGGGGAGACGGCAGGACGGGGAGACAGAGGGACGGUGAGAUAGCGGAAAGGGGAGACAGCGGGACGGGGAGACAGCGGGACGGGGAGACAGCGGGACGGAGAGACAGCGGGACGGGUAGACAGAGGGAUGGGGACAGCAGGACAGGGAGACAGCACGACAGAGAGACAGCAGGACAGGGAGACAGCGGGACGGGGAGAGAGUGGGACGGGGAGACAGCGGGACGGGGAGACAGUGGGCAGGGAAACAGCAGGACAGGCAGACAAGGGUCAGGGGGACAGCGGGACAGGGAGACAGCGGCACGGGGAGACAGCAGCACGGGGAGCCAGUGGGACGGGGAGACAGCAGGACCAGGAGACAGCGGGAACGGGAAGACAACGGGACGGGGAGACAGCGGGACAGGGAGACAGUGGGUCGGGGAGAUAGUGGGACCGGGAGACAGCGGGGCAUGGAGACAGCAGGACAGGGAGCCAGCAGGACAGGGAGACCGCAGGACAGGGAGGCAGCACGACAAGGAGACAGCAGGACGGGGAGACAGCAGGACUGGGAGAGAGCAGGACGGGGAGACAGCGGGACGGGGAGACAGCAGGAUAGGGGAGACAGCCAGAUGGGGAGACAGCGGGACAGGGUGA